GUCCCCAGGGCUCUCCGAGAGCCGUCUCCCGGCAACGGCCCCGACAACCGGGUCCUCUGCCCCGCCCCUUCCGGUCCCCAGGACUCUCCGGGCGCCGUUUCCUGGCAACGGCCCCAACAGCCGCUUCAGCCGCCAUGCUGGGCGCCGCCGGCCGAAGCGCUCAGUCUCCGCCGCCCCUGCCGUCCGGCGCCCUCCGCGGCCUCUGCGCCUGGCUGGACGGGCUCCCGCUCAGCCGCCCCAAGCGCCAUCUGGCGCGGGACUUCAGCGACGGCGUGAUGCUGGCAGAGAUUGUGAAGCACUUCUGCCCCCGGCUUGUGGACCUGCACAACUACGUCCCCACCUGCAACACAGACCAGAAGCUCAGCAACUGGAGUGUUCUCAACAGGAAGGUCUUUCACAAGCUGCGUUUGUGGGUCUCAGAGACAGAAAUUCAAAGGGUGGUGGCCAACACGCCCGGGGCCAUCGAGCCCAUCUUGCUUGCACUGAGGGAAAAGGUGAAGGAUGGCGCCGUCCAGCCAGCCUCGCCCCCCACAGCCGACCCAGGACCCUCCAGUGCUGAUGCUAAAAGCCCACGGGCAGAGCUCACCACCCCUGCACACGCCGGCCUGCAAGGCCCCACAGUGCCCUCCGGUGUGAAGACCCUUCCAAGUCAGAGGACUCCAGAGAGGACAGGCCACUGUGUGUGCAUAGGUCAGGACCCAGCCGAUGGGUCCCUGGAACACCUGGACUCUGGGCUGCAACAGUUACUGGAGGAAAAGGAGCAGGCCCUGGUCGUGCUGCAGGAGAUGGUCAAGAUUUUGCAGAUGAAAGUGGUCAGGCUGGAGCGCCUGCUGAAGCUAAAGGACCAGCAGAUUGGAGAGCUGAUGAGAACCGGGACAAGUCCCAGUGACCGAGAGUGGCCGCGGAGAAAGUCUCCUCUGAGAGGCCCAGGACCCACCCCUCCCAAGGCCACUAGACCUUGAACUCGAGCCUACAGGAGCACCCCCAGACUGGGCGUUCUGCACGUGGCUGUGAAGGGCCCGGCAGUCUUAGAGUGGGACGCUAGCAUACGAAGUGCUGCAGGGUGUCGGUGUGUGGGUGUUCACGGUGUGGAGGCCAGGGCUUCCAGCCCACCCCGGAUACCCGUCCAGAUGCGAAGACUGGUCUCGUUCCCCUGAGCUGUGCUGUCGUCAUUGUGUCUGUGAACAGAAAGUUCCUGUCUGUG